CUCAACCCGACGCGACGCGCAGAAGGCCUGCCUGACGUAUGCCUGACGGGCCAGUCGAUUAUGGCGUGCUAGAAGCCGAUCGAGUCUCAAUUCUGUACUUCAACUUCCUCUACGCAGCUGAUCUUAUACUUCCAUGCAGUGUCUGCAUCGAUGCAACGAAGGCUCCAUGCGGUAAGAUGACUUCGGCGAGUCACUCAUCCGUAACGUACCUCGUGGGCUUUUCGCCAGAGAUUGACGGCAGGCCAUUUUGCUUCGCGAAACCUUUGCCGAGCGUCCGUUAUUGCUACAUAUGCAAUAUCGUACCGCGAACUAUCUACGUUCUGGAAUGUCUACACCCCUUCUGCAAGACUUGCUACGAUCGAAUUGUGGCCAAGGGCCCCUGGUGCCCGGUCGACGGGAAUUACUUCAACGUCGAAGUUGUCCGAGAGCUGCUGUUUACGCCGGACCGACUGAAAGAGACGAAGGUCAUCUGCCAGAAUUCUAAUGGUGGCUGCGGGUUCGUCGGGAACGUCAUGGAUAUCGUGGAACACUCGUUGAGAUCGUGUGGUUUUCUCAUGGUUACUUGCCGUCGCUGCAAUGAGAGUGUGCGGAAGGACGACAUGCUGGAGCAUUCUGUGGGUGGUGGCUGCAAGGCCGCAUCUUAUGUUCGUAUUCCGGUCUUGGAUUUGCAUGCCGGAGAACCACCGGGAAGUCGGGGUGACAUGCCAGCACUCUCGGAGCCCACUGUCCUCUUGAUUGGCGGCGGUGACCGAUGUCCGAUGAAAGAUACCGGCUGCGAAGCAUCAACCGUAGAAGACGAAGGUAUCGCCAUGGAAGAUGGGACACCACGAAAGUUGUCGGAUGCGGAAAAGACGCCGCAACCCGAAUAUUUUGAACUGCUAUCUGCCGAGGAAGAGAAGCAGUUUCGUACCAGGCGCUCGAGAUCCUCCGCGCCGUCUGCGCGCCGUAGGGUCUUCGACGGAAGCCUACAGCAGGUGUGUCAAAGGCUCCUGUCACUUAUGUCCCACGGAAGCGUCCAGAGGCAGCGUAGAAGUUGGCAUCGUCGGACCUUCCCCGAGCCGAAGCCGAGACAGUUCGGUCUACAUGAUUGGUAACCGCUGUGCCUAUCUGACGGCCUCGGAGCACCAGUUCCGCAACGGGACCAACAGAUGCACGCGCGUUCAGAGGCCCGGUUCAGUAACGAAGGGAACCUGCAAGAGAUCAUCGGCUUUCAUCCGAGACCCACGUUCGAUGUUGUCGGUUGUGCUUUCGUGUCGUUCAGUGUCGGCGAUUUGGAGAGAAAGAACUGUGUCCAAGACGGACAGAUCACUGUUGUCCUGGAAGACGCGGUGGCAUCGUAAAAGCGCCUGGGGAGAACAUGGUGGUGCGAAUAGUAAUUUUAAAACCGAGGCAAAAACAGAGCGAAUCGUUAUACAGGGUGUUCCUUUCUAUCUGUAUGAGAUAACGUAAGAAUAGCAUGGAUGCCGUUUUUGCUGUCUUAUACGGCCACGCUGAAAUCCUCUCGAAGGGUAUAUGUCCAUCUAGUAGUUACUGGAUGACUAAUUACCUAAAAUCCAUUGAUUAACUCUGUAAUUACGGGCUUUCUGGCAAAUGUGAGAGAGCCGAUAGAAUUUUGCCAUGCAAAUGAUCGAGCCAAUUAGCAAAUGAGUAAAUUCGAUUCGGAUUUCGAAUCGAACAUGCAGUUUGCCUCCGUAUUCAAAAAUCCGAACAUUCGCACACUCCUAUUGCUGUAUACCAUUGAUGCAUCAGUACGAAGACAUCCCAGUGACCAUGUGAAGCAGGAAAAUGAUUACAAUGUAUUGCUAGAGGUGUUGUUGUGGUUGUCAUAUCAACGGUAACCGUUACUCUGUGUCCAAGACGGACAGGUCACAUGGAAGAUGUGGUGACAUCGUAAAAGCGCCUGGGGAGAACAUGGUGACCGCUGCUGUACUAUAUACAGGGUGUUUGCUCUAACGUGUCCAGAAAUUUUAUUUAAAGCGAGCGAUAAAAGAGAAACGAACGCUACUUUUCAGCUACUUGACUAAGAAACAGGUGCUACCUGCAGGUGAAGCAGUACCUGUUUCUUACUCAAGUAGCAGAAAAGUACCACUUGCUUGUGUUUUAUCGCUCGCUUUAAAUAUAAUUUCUGGACACGUUAGAGCAAACACCCUGUAUAUAGGGCUGUGCGAACAGUAUUUUUUUUUUUUAAAGUAAUUCAGUUUCAGUGUCGGCGAUUUGGAGAGAAAGGACUGGGUACAAGGCGGUGGCAUCGGUGACAUAUCGUAAAAGCGCCUUAGGAGAACAUGGUGAUCGAUAUCUGCAAUAUAAGGCUGUGCGAAUGGUGAUUUUAAAACCGGAGCAAGUACAAAGCGAAUAGUUAUACGGGGUGUUUUUUUUUUUAUCUGCACGAGAUAUAUAUAAAGAAACAAGAAACACAAAGAAUAACAUGUAUGCCGCUUUUGCAGUUUUAUACGGCCAUGCAGAAGUCCUCUGUAAGGGUAGAUGUAACUGCGUACUAGAUGAUUAACCACCCAAAAAUGCAUCGAUAAGCUGUGUAAUUAGGGGUUAAUUAACACUAAUUAACACGCACUUAUCCUUAACUAACGGGCUAAUUACGGGUGUAAUUACGGUCUCGUAAAAAUCAGGUACACUGUAAACUGAAAAACACCCUUAUGGGUGUAAAUCGCGUGUCCUAUAAUUGACUCCUCUUUUUACACCGUAUGGUCUGGAACACCCUUUUUAGAGGGUGUAUCCCGUGUAAAACGCCCUUUGAAAGGGUGCUUUUCCUUGAAAAUGCCGUCUUUUGCACCCUUUAUACACCUUUUUAGGAGGGUGUUUAACGAUCUUACACCCUCCUAAAAGGGUGUUUAAAGGGUGCAAAAGAGGACAU